AUGGCGAAUGAAAAGACUGAAGAAGCAGAUGCUGAAAGGCAACAAGCACCAAAACGAGAAACGUAUCCGAUAACUGAUCUGGAGAAUGGUAUCAUAGCUUGGGAACGACAAGAUGAUCCGUUGAAUCCAAGCCCACUGUCAUCAUCAAUUUUUGCUCCAGCAGUAGGGAAUGCGGCAGACGAAUUUGAUGUUACAGAUUCGAUAUUAAUAUCCCUGGGCGUCAGUGCUUACUUAUUUGGCUAUGGUUUUGGCCCGCUAUUUCUAUCACCACUCAGCGAAAUUUACGGACGUCGAAUAAUUCUUAGUUUGUCGACCUCGGCUUUUGUUCUCUUCCAAAUUGGAUGCGCACUUGCCCCAAACUUCUCUUCCAUUAUCGUGUUUCGACUUCUCUCGGGGUUGGGAGGAUCCGGAUGUCUGACAAUUGGAGGAGGUGUUGUAUCAGAUCUAUUCGAGGCCGAAAACCGGGGCUUUGCUAUGGCUAUAUUUUCUGCUGGUCCGCUCUUUGGACCUGUUCUAGGGCCUAUAUGCGGCGGAUUCAUUGCCCAGAAUAUUGGGUGGCGAUGGGUGUUCUGGAUUCUAACGAUUGUAGGUGGAACGCUUACCAUCUUUGUCAUGAUCUUCAAUCGAGAAACGAAUCCCGCCAUUAUCAUUAAGCGCAAAACAGAACGCUUGAGGAAGGAGCUCGAUCGUCCUGAUCUUCGCAGUUACUAUGACGACUCUAGCAAAGACAAGAGCAAAACGGCGCAUUUUAUACACCGUCUAACAACUCCAUUUCAACUGUUGUUCCGAUCGCCCAUCAUCUUGAUCGUGGCACUCUAUAUCGCCGUCGUAUAUGGUUGCCUGUACCUCCUCUUCACUACCAUUACACAAGUUUUCCAAGACGUGUACCACUGGAGCGAACAGCUUAGUGGAUUGGCUUACAUUGGGCUGGGACUGGGGUUUGUCGCUGGCCAAGUUGCGUUUGGUAUUUUAAGCGAUAGAAUCCUCAUCAAGCUGAAAGCUCGCAACAAUGGUGUCUUCGAGCCCGAAAUGCGUCUUCCUCUCACCGUCCCGUUUUCGUUUUUUGUCCCAAUAUCGUUCUUUUGGUACGGCUGGUCUGUCCAAGCUCGUACUCAUUGGAUCGUACCCAUCAUCGGGUUAUUUCCAUUUGCCUUUGGCUUGAUUGGGAUCUUUGGGACUUUACAGACCUACGCUAUUGACUCUUUCCCUCGCUAUGCAGCCUCUGCUAUCGCAGCCAUUACUGUUACUCGAUCUAUUGCUGGCGCACUUCUUCCUCUUGCUGGUCCGCCGAUGUAUAAAGCACUCGGAUAUGGCUGGGGCAACUCGUUACUUGGUUUCGUCACAUUGGCGCUGAUCUUGAUGCCCGUCCUUUUUAACCGUGUGGGGGCAUCGCUGAGAAAAAGGUCCCCUUUACUAGAGGCCGCGGCUAAGUGA